GAGGCCUGGUGAGCACCGCGAAGGGGCGAGCCGACUCUUUCGAGGUUGUGUGCAGAAGACGCACGGCAAGCGAGCGAGCGAGGCAGAGGCUCACCCCAGAAGUGGCACCGGGAUCGGUUGCCUUGAACCUGACACACCUUCUGAGAGACUUUACUACUAACACACUUGCCUUGCAAGAUGGCUACGGGACGUUCUUGAGGCUGAAAGCAAGUGAUUGUAGGUGGUAAUUUCAGUCUACAUGAACACAAGAGCACCAGUAAAGAAAUCAUGACUACUCCAGGAAAAGAGAACUUUCGCCUGAAAAGUUACAAAAAUAAGUCCCUGAAUCCUGAUGAGAUGCGCAGGAGGAGGGAGGAAGAAGGACUACAGUUACGUAAACAGAAAAGAGAAGAGCAGUUAUUCAAGAGAAGAAAUGUUGCUACAGCAGAAGAAGAAACAGAAGAAGAAGUUAUGUCAGAUGGAGGCUUCCAUGAGGCUCAGAUUAAUAACAUGGAGAUGGCACCAGGUGGUGUUAUUACUUCUGACAUGAUUGAAAUGAUAUUUUCCAAUAGCCCAGAGCAACAGCUUUCAGCAACACAGAAGUUCAGAAAACUGCUUUCAAAAGAACCUAAUCCUCCUAUUGAUGAAGUCAUCAGCACACCAGGAGUAGUGGCCAGGUUUGUGGAGUUCCUCAAACGAAAAGAGAAUUGUACACUGCAGUUUGAAUCAGCUUGGGUACUGACAAAUAUUGCUUCAGGAAAUUCUCUUCAGACCCGGAUUGUGAUUCAGGCAGGAGCUGUGCCUAUCUUCAUAGAAUUGCUCAGCUCAGAGUUUGAAGAUGUCCAGGAACAGGCAGUCUGGGCUCUUGGCAACAUUGCUGGAGAUAGUACCAUGUGCAGGGACUAUGUCUUAGACUGCAAUAUUCUUCCCCCUCUUCUGCAGUUAUUUUCAAAGCAGAACCGCCUGACUAUGACCCGGAAUGCAGUAUGGGCUUUGUCUAAUCUCUGUAGAGGGAAAAGUCCACCUCCAGAAUUUGCAAAGGUUUCCCCUUGUCUGAAUGUGCUUUCCUGGUUGCUGUUUGUCAGUGACACUGAUGUACUGGCUGAUGCCUGCUGGGCCCUCUCAUAUCUGUCAGAUGGACCCAAUGAUAAAAUUCAAGCAGUCAUUGAUGCAGGAGUAUGUAGGAGACUUGUGGAGCUGUUGAUGCAUAAUGAUUAUAAAGUGGUUUCUCCUGCUUUGCGGGCUGUUGGAAACAUUGUCACAGGAGAUGAUAUUCAGACACAGGUAAUUUUGAAUUGCUCAGCUCUGCAGAGUUUGUUGCAUUUGCUGAGUAGCCCAAAGGAGUCUAUCAAAAAGGAGGCAUGUUGGACAAUAUCUAAUAUCACAGCUGGAAAUAGGGCACAGAUCCAGACUGUGAUAGAUGCCAACAUUUUCCCAGCCCUUAUUAGUAUAUUACAAACUGCUGAGUUUCGGACAAGGAAAGAAGCUGCUUGGGCCAUCACAAAUGCAACUUCUGGAGGAUCAGCUGAACAGAUCAAGUACCUCGUAGAACUGGGCUGUAUCAAGCCACUCUGUGAUCUCCUCACAGUCAUGGACUCUAAGAUUGUACAGGUUGCCCUAAAUGGCUUGGAAAAUAUCCUGAGGCUUGGAGAACAAGAAGCCAAAAGGAAUGGCAGUGGCAUUAAUCCUUACUGUGCUUUGAUUGAAGAAGCUUAUGGCCUGGAUAAAAUUGAAUUCUUACAGAGUCAUGAAAACCAAGAGAUCUACCAGAAGGCCUUUGAUCUUAUUGAGCAUUACUUUGGGACCGAGGAUGAGGACAGCAGCAUCGCACCCCAGGUUGACCUCAGCCAGCAGCAGUACAUCUUCCAGCAGUGUGAGGCACCUAUGGAAGGUUUCCAGCUUUGAAGCAAUCUCUGCUUUCAUGUCCCUGUGUCAGACCAGGCUACCCAGUCAAGUCCUCUUGUGGAGCCCACAGUCCUCAUGGAGCUAACUUCUCAAAUGUUUUCCAUAAUACUGUUUGCGCUCAUUUGCUUGCCUUGCGCACCUGCUCUCUUACACACAUCUGGAAAACCUUUGGCUCUCUGUGGUGGAAUACCCUUCUAAUAAAAGGGUAAUAACCAGAACGGCCCACUCUGUUAUGGAAAACCCUAGGCUUUCGAGAUCCGCACUUACAUAUUAUAGAGUCAUGGGAAUAUACACAUGUUAAUGUGGCUCCCUUUUUUUUUGUGGGGGAAAAAGAGGACUCCUCAUUCCCUUUAAUGUGGGAAAAAAUACUGACAUUAAAAGAUGAGACUAAAUCUUUACUUUGAAUUUCACACAACUACUUGCAACAAGGGAGAUGUUUAGACCUGUUGUGUACUUCAGAGUACUUUUCAUGAGUUCUUCCACAGUGAACCCUUGGAUUAACUGGUGGCUUUUUCUAGCCAAAUUUGCAUUAAUCCUUACUGAGAUUGGAUGGUUUUCUUUCCUCUAUUGACGCUAUUCUCCACAGAUAGUAAACCAUCCGCUCCCUCACCUUCAGCCUUCAGUGAAUGUGCUUCUAGUUGUCAGGAAUGCUGAAGAAUUAACACUUUGACUCUUAAAUGUGAUAACUGGUUUGAAGAUUCCCUUAGAGCAGAAAGGAGAGGGGCACAUAUUAAUUUGUAUGGCUAUUGCUUCUCUUUGGUCUUAACGUGUCUUAGGAUUUGGAAGUGAUACAGUUCUAAUACUGGUAUGAAGAUUUAGAAUCCUUAGUGAUCAAAACCGUAUCCUGUAAUUCAAUAAAAAAGUUAAAAACAGAAAAGGAAAAAAAAACCUCUGAUUUUCCCAAACUUAACCAGUGUGACUAGGGCUGUUUCUGCAUUAAAACAAAUGUUUCAGGCUUUGUGGUCCUGAUCAAGGUCCUCAUUAAAUUGGAGUUCACCUUAGGUGCUGUUCCCUUCUGUGACUGGCAAAUAAUAUAUGCUUCUAAAGGUUACUUAGGGAUUAUUUUUUUUCCUUAGUUAGCUGCAGCUGGAUUCUAGUGUAUUCAUGCUGCGCAUAAGUAGCAUCCUUAUUUUCAGUGACCAUCUUCUGGACAGACCUGUUUAACCCAAAUAAGGGCAGUGAUCUUUUUCUUAUAACCUCAUUGUUCCCUAAUCAUUUCAUCUCCUACUAGUACUGCCCAGUCAAGUCCCUUCCAUAAAAUAAAAAGUUUCUACCUUCUGGCUCAUUUAAUGACUACAACCUCUACCUACAAAUGGCGCUUCCAGUACUGUCUUCAGUGAUCCACAUUUGUGCUCGGACUGGAAUGAGAAAAAUAAGCUUAAUUGCCAAGAGAACUGCAACUGAGUUCAAUACGACUUCUUGGUGCUAGUAGGCCAUCUUGACUCAAUGUUGGGACACAUUAUCAGAGAAGAUUUUUUGUUGAUGUGCUGUUCAAAAUGAAUUCUGAAGGAAAAGUUGCUCACUUCUUUUUCAGAGAAUAUCCUUUUAAACCUCUUUAAUCUUGUCCUCUUCUAGAAUUCAUUAUAACCCCAAAAGUGUAACUAUUUGAAAGUUCCCCUGACAAGCUGUUAUAUCUCUGGUAAAUCCUGCUGAACAUUAGGGAUAUUCAGAGCUUUCAUACCUCAUCAUGUUGUUUAAAUCACCAACUGAUGUGAUCUGAUUUAAACUUUAAUAAGAAAUCCACUUCAUUCAAAAUAGAAAGAUACAAAGACAAAGAACAUUUAUCAGCCAAGUGUGUGACGCAUUCUUCGCAUCUAGUCUGUAGUUGUGUCUGUGCUCUGGAAUGGAUACCGUCUGCUGAUGUCUGUUAUUGAUGGAGCAGCCACUGCAAAACUAGUCAACUCCGUCUAUAACUGUUACUUUUUCUAGUGCUGCUUUGUGCUGAAAGAACAUUUUAGUUUAUUGCACUUGACCUGUGAAAGACUUUGAUUCUUUGUAAUUUUAGGGACAAAUUAGGUGGUUAAUUUAAAGAAAAACUUUCAAUGUUGCCUUUACAUCAUAUUAAAAUAUAACUUCUUUCAGAAGGGUAUAAAGCACCGAGUCAUAGUAAAACUCUUGUUUUUAGCUUUGA